UUUACAAACACGGAAGAAGCAAAAACCGAGUCUUGUGACAGAAAGAAGCCAAACCGUUGGGAGGCAUCCUGCUCCGCCCUCGCCAUCACCAAUACCAUCACCAUCAUCAUCAUCAUAGUGCUGUAUACUCUUAUCGGCUCGCGUGACAAUUGAGGGAGAGCCAGGGCAGUAGUUGGGUGACAGGAAACCCGAGCAAUAAAAAAAAAAAAGAAAAAGAAAAGAAAUGACCUCGUUUAAAGUUACCGAGUGGUACAAGUGAACAAAUAGUUUAGGAUAAGAUGUGAAGAACGACGGGAUGGCAGUUAACGGGGCAAAUAGAGAAGCGACUGUACUUUUGUUGACAGCUAACGUAAGCCGUUAGGUCUGCGGCUUUAGCUAGCUAACGCCGCGAGCCCGUCUUGUACCCAGGUUGACUCUGUGUUGGUCUACGAACACCGACCCUGACCGACCGGUGUUGAUUUAGAAGAACUCAAGCAGCCGCAGCACGGCAGAAGACAACAGGCAGAGUGAAUGUUGAUUUUAAGCAGCACAUGGCCUGUAUUCUGCUGACAGACAUGGAUACACUCACCUCUGGGCCCACAGGAGGACAUCACAAUGGCAUUCGCUCAGACCUCGACCCCAAGCAGGACAUGCAUGCCACGUGCCUCACUGUCCACCUUUACUACCUGGGGAAGGAUGGAGGAGGAGGUGGGGCCAAAGUUUCAGAAAGUGCUCUCACGUUUCCACCUGGGGAGUAUGUAGCAGAGGAACUGUGCAUCACUGCAGCGAAAGCUUGUGGGAUUGCUCCAGUGUACCGCAAUUUGUUUGGCCUGAUGAGGGAAGGUGACCGGAUAUGGUUUCCUCCUAAUCACAUCUUUAAACUUCACCAGCCAUCCAGUGAGAACCUGCACUUCAGAAUCAGGUACUAUUUUCCUGGCUGGUAUAACAACAGCAGUUCAUUCUAUGCCCAUCGGUAUGGUGUAUCCAAGGGGAUGGAGACCCCUGUGAUGGAUGAUUGUGUAAUGGCAUAUCUGUUUUUUCAGUGGCGUAGUGACUUUCUUAAUGGCUGGGUUCAAAUCCCCGUGAGCCAUGAGUCCCAGGAGGAGUGUCUAGGCAUGGCAGUGCUGGACAUGAUGAGGCUUGCUAAAGAGAGAGGUCGGUCACCUGUGGACAUCUACAGUGACACCAGCUACAAAUCCCUCCUGCCGAGAUGCAUGCAAAGCCGCAUCCAGGAAUAUAACAUCUUGACUCGGAAGAGGAUCCGUUAUCGCUUCAAGAGGUUCAUCCAGCAGUUCAGCGAAUGCAAGGCCACGGUGUGUAACCUCAUGCUCAAAUACCUCAUGAGCCUGGAGACACUUCUGCCCUCCCUCUACUCUGAGCGCUUCCAAGUCACUGACCUCUCCACACGCGAGGUUACCAUUGUUGUCAUGGGUAACAAGGGCAUCCAGUGGUCAAAAGGGAAUGAGGAAGAGGGAGCAGAGGAGGAGCUAAAGACAUACUGUGACUUCCCAGAGGUGAUUGACAUCAGUAUCAAACAGGCAAAUAAAGAAGGCUCUGCGGAGAGUCGCAUAGUUACCCUCACCAGACAGGACAGCCAGAUCUUGGAACUGGAGUUUCAUUCCCUAUCAGAGGCUCUGUCAUUCGUAUCAUUAGUUGACGGAUAUUACAGACUGGUUGCCGAUGCCCAUCAUUACCUGUGUAAAGAGGUGGCUCCACCAAGACUACUGGAGUGCAUUCAGAGCUAUUACCAUGGCCCUGUGUCGAUGGAGUUUACAAUUGGUAAGCUGCGUCACUCUGGUAACCACCAAGGCCUGUACAUCCUUCGCUGCAGCCCAAGGGACUACGACAAAUACUUCAUGUCCUUUGUGGUGGGGUAUGAAUCUAUGGUGGACUACAAGCACUGUCAGAUCAUGAAGACGGAGUCGGGAGAGUACAUUCUGAGUGGAGCUAAGAGGAGCUUCGGCUCACUGAGGGAACUUCUGCACUGCUAUCAAAAGGAGGAGCUGCGCACUGAUGGACACACAUUUCAGCUGACCAGGUGCUGCCCACCCGCUUCCAAAGAAAAGUCCAACCUGCUGGUGUGUAGAAAUAAUCAAGGAGCAGAGGUUCCUCUGUCCCCCUCCCUCCACAAACACAUCAGCCAGAUGGUCUUCCACAAGAUCCGAAAAGAGGACCUCGUCUUUAAUGAGAGUCUGGGUCAAGGAACUUUCACCAAGAUCUUCUGCGGUGUAAGGAAAGAGCUGAGGGACUACGGAGAGGUGCACCAGAUAGACGUCGUUAUCAAGAUCCUGGACAAGGCUCACCGCAAUUAUUCAGAGUCCUUCUUUGAGGCAGCCAGCAUGAUGAGCCAGCUCUCCCACAAGCACUUACUCCUCAACUACGGUGUGUGUGUUUGUGGUGAUGAGAACAUGAUGGUGCAGGAGUAUGGUAAAUUUGGUUCUCUGGACAUCUACCUGAAAAAAAAUAAAAGCUGUGUCAACAUCACAUGGAAGUUAGAGGUGGCCAAGCAGCUAGCCUGGGCUAUGCACUACCUGGAGGAUAAGAACCUCAUUCAUGGAAAUGUCUGUGCCAAGAAUGUUCUUCUGAUCAGGGAGGAGGAUCGGAAGACAGGCAGCCUGCCCUUCAUCAAACUCAGUGACCCUGGUAUCAGCAUCACUGUGCUGCCCAGAGAAGUACUGGUGGAGCGUAUCCCGUGGGUGCCCCCUGAGUGCAUUGAAGAUCCCCAAAACAUCAGUUUAGCCACAGACAAGUGGGGCUUCGGGACUACCCUUUGGGAGAUCUGCAGUGGCGGAGACAAGCCACUCAGCACUCUGGAUUGCUCCAAGAAGAACUUGUUCUAUGAGGACAGACACCAGCUGCCAGCUCCCAAAUGGACUGAGCUGGCUAAUCUGAUAAACAGUUGUAUGGACUAUGAGCCCUUACACCGACCAUCCUUUAGAGCAAUCAUCAGAGAUCUCAACAGCCUCUUCACACCAGACUAUGAGCUGCUGGUGGAGAGCGACAUGGUGCCCAGCAGAACAAGAGGCUUUGGCUUCCCAUGGGCCUCUGAGAGCCAGGAGCCCGCCCAGUUUGAAGAGAGACACCUCAUCUUUCUCAAGCAGCUGGGCAAAGGAAACUUCGGCAGCGUGGAGAUGUGCAGGUACGACCCCCUGCAGGACAGCACAGGGGAGGUGGUGGCGGUGAAGAAACUACAGCACAGCACGGCCGAGCACCUCAGGGACUUUGAGCGGGAAAUUGAGAUCCUCAGAUCCCUCCAGCAUGAAAACAUUGUCAAAUACAAAGGCGUCUGCUACAGUGCAGGACGAAGGAACCUGCGGCUGAUCAUGGAGUAUCUCCCCUAUGGCAGCUUGAGAGAUUAUCUCGUCAAACACAGGAACCACUUCGAUUCCAAGAAGCUGCUGCUCUAUGCAUCACAGAUUUGCAAGGGUAUGGACUACCUUGCCACAAAGCGUUACAUCCACAGAGAUCUUGCCACUAGAAACAUUCUGGUGGAGAGCGAGAUGAGGGUGAAAAUCGGUGACUUCGGUCUGACCAAGGUGCUGCCACAGGACAAGGAGUACUACACUGUCAAAGAGCCUGGGGAAAGCCCCAUCUUUUGGUAUGCUCCAGAAUCUCUGACAGAGAGCAAGUUCUCUGUGGCAUCAGAUGUUUGGAGUUUUGGUGUUGUCCUCUACGAACUCUUCACCUACAGUGACAAGAACUACAGUCCACCAGCGGUCUUCAUGGAAAAGAUGGGAAAUGAAAAGCAGGGCCAGAUGAUUGUCUACCAUCUGAUAGACCUGCUGAAGCAAGGAUACAGGUUGCCAGCUCCUGAUAAUUGUCCAAAGGAGAUUCACAAGAUUAUGACAGAGUGCUGGAACAGUGACCCGAGACUGCGGCCUACAUUCAAGACAUUAACCCACAGUGUGGAGACUGUACGAGACAGCAAGAACGGAUGAGCGGCACUCAUCCCUGAACCUCUGAACUUUAGGUGUCAACUCCCAGGAAUCAGUCCUCACAGAUCUCUGUGACCUCUGGGUUUACUGCAGUGGUGCCGUCACCAGUCUGGAGUAUAUUUGUGUUUUUUUGUUUUUUAUUUUUGGUGCUCCGUCUGCCUGUCAGCCUAAUUAAGAUUUACUUUUUGGAGUGAUGGUAACACCCGCUUUCUCAGCACAGUUUACCCACUUCUUUCUAUGAAGCAUACAAAUGAUCAGAUCGAUUACUACACUACAUCUGACUUAGACUCAAAACCAAAGAUAAUCAGUGAUGCCAUUAAGAACAUUCCAUGAUGGGAUAAAUUAUUUUCAUUGUGUCACUUGUGCAGGUUGUGUUCUACAUAUUGAUUUUGAGAGAGGAGAUACUUUUUCAGUACUUUGCAUUGAAUGUUUAUUCAUAUCGGCACCAAAAAUGUAUAAGUGUAAAAUGAGCAGAGACUCAUUUUGUUUAACCAAAGAGACCAUGGGGUUCUUAACAGACUGUUAGUCAUCUAACGGCACCUGAAACCGAGAACAAACGUCACAUCGUUUUCACAUCACUGAGCCAAGUCCACCUGAACUGAACCUCACUGCACUGCUCAUGUGUGGCUGUACUUUUAUGAAUGACUGGGGACUUUUUUUUAAAGACUGUUACAGGGCAGUCCAUAAAUGUAAAGCACCGGCUGAACCUCUGUCUCGACGGGGCCCACUUCGAAGAUCUCUACCAGUGGUUUUUCGAGUCAGAUUUCUGCUGUUACAGUGUGCUUGUGUUUUACAGAUAUUUGUUGCACAUUGACGAUCAUUCUGUGUGUUUCUGAGUGUAUGAAGCAACAGCCCCUUUUUGUUUUUUUUGUUUUUUUUUUGUGGUUUGCUACAAAAACGCCAUCUGUCUACAUAACAGGUCAGAUUUUACACAAACAGCUUGUUAUUUGUUUACAUCCUUUAAACGCAAUGUGGAAACAAUGAAAUGAAUGAGAGAGACAGCAAUAACUGCUCAUUAAGCUCUUAGAGAAGUGGGUAUAUAGCACAGUAGUGUCAUAUCAUUGGCUCAUACAGUAUCAUUCUUGUUUUUGAAGGAUACCAGCCAGGGAAAUAAUGAUAUUGUCUUUAUAAUUAAUUCACAAUGGGUAAAUAUAUAUUUUAUAGAUACAGCUUGACGUCUUCGGUGUUAAAAGGCUAUACUAUCUGCCUGUGGAUACCUAAUUUGAAAAGUGCACAUUCACAGUGAUGAAAGGAGGUGCUUUUGCUUUCUACAGCAGCUUGUUGUUGUUUUAUUUAAAACAUAUUUGUUCAUGUCAUUAUUUUCCCACCAUUUAAAGAUGUUGAGUAGCUUGUGUGUCAGGAGAGUAUGUUAGGAUGCGCAUUACAGUGUCACAAGGGGGAUUUUUUUUUUUUUUUUUUUUUUUUUUUUAAUGUUUAAGUUAACAUGCCAAAUGUCACUGGCUAAAAUGUGUGAUUUGUGUUGAGACUAAUGAGGGGAAUCAGCAUCUUUGUUUUAAAUUUAAAAAAAAAAAUCACUCUCAAGGGUUACUUUAAGCCCUAAAAGGCAACUCUCACACACACA